AUGUUAUCAAGACGUUUAUUACGAGCUACUGCUUUUUACGGCACGGCUUUAACAGUUGUUACUCUUCUAAUUCUGUAUCUGACGGCAGGUAGUGAAUUCUAUGAGACGGUUAAGACGAGGGCAAAAGGUCAUUACGACACAGUAAGUUCAGCUAUUGACGAAAAACUAUCGCAGAUGAGUAAUUCAAGAACAGGCGAUUCGAGCUCCCAGCCCGGAUUAGAAAACGCGCCUGAAUUCAUUCCAACUACGAAGAGUACAGAAAUCAUAAAUAAGUUGAUGGAAAGAUUGGAAAAGCCACUAUAUGAUGAUGGCAUCGACUCAAGACAAAUAUUGAGGAAGAAUAAAGAAACUUAUGCAUCCGUUUUACGCACAAAGAUUGACGAACCAAAUGUCGAUAACCUCGUAAAAGCAGGCUCUGACGAGGCAGGCACGGCCAAAGCGACUUUUUUGUGUUUAGUGCGCAAUGAAGAUCUUGACGGUAUCAUCAAAUCGAUCCAAACCCUGCAGGAGACGUUUAAUAACGAGUUUAACUAUCCAUAUACAUUUUUGAAUGAUGACGAGUUCACAGAAGAGUUCAAAAAAGGAAUUCUAAACGCUCUUCCCGCUAAAGCCUCAGUUAGAUUCGGAAAAAUUGAAGACUCUGACUGGGAAAUGCCCGCUUGGAUAGAUAUUGGUGAUUAUCAAAAGAAAAUGGAAGCCCUUGAUGAACAGGGUGUGGGACAUGCGAAGCAACUGUCGUAUCAUAACAUGUGCAGAUAUUAUUCGAAGAAUUUUCAUCAUCAUCCUAUGCUGCGCGACUACAAAUUUGCCUGGAGGGUUGAGCCUGGGGUAAGCUUCUACUGCCAAAUUGACUACGAUGUGUUUAAGUUCAUGGAAAUGAACAAUAAGGUUUACGGUUUUACGCUGAACUUGUAUGACAACCCUCUAACCGUCGAAACACUAUGGCCCACCGUUAUGGAAUUCGUUCGAGAACAUCCAGAUUAUCUACACGAAAACGGUGCAUUUGAAUGGCUUAAGGAAAAUGGACAAAAGCCUGAUAAUUACAAUGGGGCCAAUGGUUACUCUACGUGUCAUUUCUGGACUAACUUUGAAAUCACAAAUCUAGAUUUUCUACGCUCACAGCUCUACCAAGACUAUGUCGACUUCCUCGAUCAGAGAGGUGGCUUUUAUUAUGAAAGAUGGGGUGAUGCACCAGUCCGGAGUAUUGCGCUAGCCUUAUUCGCAGACAAAGACUCGAUCCACUGGUUUCGGGAUAUUGGGUACUCACAUAUGCCCUAUACCAAUUGUCCAAAGAGAGAUGAAGAGAAGUAUCGGGCUCAAUGUGUACCUGGUAAGUUUGUCCCAUGGGGAAACUUAGAGGCGGAGAACUGUCAAGCUACGUGGAUUAAGUACGUCAUGUCAGAGGAUCAAAUGGACUUAUACUAA